CCAGGCACCAACAAGAUCAUGAAGCCACACAUGUCCGCCACGGUACCGAGAGCCCCGAGGGUGGCGGCCAUCCUCCUGGCCGUGGUCCUGGCGGCGGUGCUCGCCAUGGCCGUGAACGGCGCCCAGAGGUGCGGCGACCAGGCCCGCGGCGCAAAGUGCCCCAACUGCCUCUGCUGCGGUAAAUACGGCUUCUGCGGCAGUGGCGACGCCUACUGCGGCGAAGGCAGCUGCCAGAGCCAGUGCCGCGGCUGCCGUGACGACGUCGUGGGGCAGGCGUUGCCGACCGAGUCGGAUCCUACAAGAGCUGCAGCGGCGUCCUCGGCGUCAGCCACGGGAUUAAACUUGACUGCUUCCACCGGAGGCCCUUGAACAGAGGUCUCACGUCCUUUUAUUUAUUUUUUGAAAUGAAAGGGGUUUCCCAUUUGUCUACGUAACGUGAGCGUGAGCCCUGGACGAAUAAUCUCGAGAAGUACUAGUAUGUGAAAAAAAUAAAUGGACGAAUAUUUCCCAUUUGUCUUGUCUUAUCGUGCUUCGGCAUCUUUUUGUCUUCAAUAAGAAACGGGAUAGAGAACUUGGGCCUAG